AGAGUAGACGUUCAUAGGGUUUACUGGCUGCUGAGUGCUGACUUAUCGCUGUAUAUAUAUCACUGAUACGCAGCCACGAGUUCCAGCUAGGGUUUCCUUUUCCUUCUGGACAACUAUCGGCGAGCGGGCUUGUUGGAAGGGCAAAUAUGAGUAAGCUUCAGAGUGAUGCCCUGAGAGAGGCUAUAUCAACCAUUGUCAAGGAGUCCGCAGAGAAAAAGAGAAACUUUGUUCAGACUAUUGAACUCCAGAUUGGGUUGAAGAAUUAUGAUCCCCAAAAGGAUAAGCGUUUCAGUGGUUCUGUGAAGUUGCCGCAUAUUCCUCGUCCAAAAAUGAAAGUAUGCAUGCUUGGAGAUGCUCAGCAUGUAGAAGAGGCAGAGAAAAUGGGGUUGGAUUAUAUGGACGUGGAAGCAUUGAAGAAGCUAAACAAGAAUAAAAAACUUGUCAAGAAGCUUGCAAAGAAGUACCAUGCCUUUUUGGCUUCAGAAUCUGUCAUUAAACAGAUCCCUCGUCUUUUGGGGCCCGGUCUCAACAAGGCAGGAAAGUUUCCUACACUUGUCAGUCAUCAAGAGUCCCUUGAGUCUAAAGUUAACGAGACCAAGGCAACGGUGAAGUUCCAGUUGAAGAAGGUUCUCUGCAUGGGAGUUGCUGUGGGAAAUGUCUCAAUGGAGGAGAAGCAGAUAUUUCAGAAUGUGCAAAUGAGUGUUAACUUCCUUGUUUCGUUGUUGAAGAAGAACUGGCAGAAUGUGAAGUGCUUGUACCUGAAGAGCACCAUGGGCAGUCCUAACCGCAUCUUUUGAUUUUUAAACUAUUAUCUGUUGAAGUUGUGCAAGGAGAACUAGUGUGACAAAAUACUUAAAAAAGUGUUUUAUCAGAAUGGCCAUGUUUUCAUUCUGUUUGACAUGCACAAUAUUUUUGUUGGAAUUUUUUUUUCGCAUUCUAGUUUUGGACCUCAACUGGAUCUUUUGGUAUUAUUGUUUUUGUCAUUAAUUUCUUUGUGCAAUAGCUUCUAUGUUCAGAUUCGUUGUCA